CAGAAACUUUGCUGAAAUAACUAAUCAAAGCAAAAUGGCAGAAUGGUUACUUUUCUUCUUCUUCCUCCUGAUUCUUCCAUUUGUUCUCAUUUUUCAUUUCACGAAAAUCCGCACACAAAGAAACCUCCGUAACCCGCCAGGCCCUCCAGGAUUACCUUUCAUUGGAAACUUGCAUCAAUUUGAUAGUCUUAAACCUCAUAUCGUUUUGAGAAACCUUUCCAACAAGUACGGUCCUCUCAUGUCAUUGAGACUCGGUUCGCGGCCAAUGGUCGUGAUUUCGUCAGCGAAAAUCGCGAAAGAAUGCCUGAAAACUCACGACCUUGUGUUUUCCGGCAGGCCACCGCUUGUUAGUUACCAAAAGUAUUCUAACAAUGGAUUGGACGUCGCUUUCUCGCCCUACGGCGAGUACUGGAGGGAGAUGAGAAAGGUUGCGGUCCUUCAUCUAUUGAGUGUCAAAAGGGUUGAAUCAUUUCGCCCGAUUCUUGAAGAUGAAAUUUCCAGUUUGAUCGAUAAAAUUUCGAAUCUAUCUUGUUCGUGUCAACCUAUCAACUUAAGUUCGCUGAUGAUCAAUCUAACGAGCAGUUUAAUAUGUCGAAUCGGUUUCGGUAAGAAGUAUGGUGAGGAAGAUCAUGAGAAGAAGAGAUUUGAUCGAGUUUUGCAUGAAUCCCAAGCCUUGUUUGCGGGCUUUUUUGUUUCUGAUUAUCUUCCUUUGUUGAGCUGGGUUGAUAAGAUUUCGGGGAUGCUUGAUCGUCUUGAAAAGAAUUCCAAGGAUUUGGAUUUAUUCUAUCAAGAACUCAUUGAUGAGCACUUGAAUCCAAACAGGCCUGAUACGAUGAAGGAUGAUAUUCUUGAUAUCUUGAUCCAGAUAAAACAUGAACAAUCGUCAUCAUCCAAUGUUUUUACUUGGGAUCACAUCAAGGCAAUGCUCAUGAAUGUUUUUAUAGCCGGAACAGAUACAAGUUCGGCUCUGAUUACAUGGGCUAUGACGGCAAUGAUGCAGACUCCUUCUGCUAUGAAGAAAGUGCAGAGUGAAAUUAGAGAUUUAGUUGGGAAAAAUGGAAUAAUAACAGACGAGAUAUUGCAACAGCUUCCCUAUCUGGAUGCUGUAAUCAAAGAAACCUUCAGAUUGUAUCCUCCAGUGCCAGUCCUUUUGCCAAGAGAAACCAUACAAGAUUGUGACAUAGAAGGAUAUUUUGUUAAAAGUAAAACCAUGAUUAUCAUCAAUGCAUGGGCUAUUGCUAGAGAUCCUGAAUGUUGGAAAAAUCCGGAAGAUUUCGCUCCCGAGAGAUUUCUGAACAGCAGUGUCGAUGUCAAAGGAAAUGAUUUUCAAUUAAUUCCUUUUGGAGCAGGAAGAAGAGGCUGUCCGGGAAUUUCUCUCGCCAUGUCCACCUUUUCUACGUCUAUUGCGAAAAUUGCACUUGCCUAUUUCCUUUACUCUUUUGAUUGGGAACUGCCUACAGGGAUGAAAAUAGAAGAUAUUGAUGUGGACACAGCGCGGGGAGUUGCGUUUUCCACUGUAACCAUGCAUAAGAAAAAUCCGCUUUGCCUUAUGGCAAAAAGGUAUACAAUUGGGCAAGAAUAG